AUGGUUCGUCACAAAAAGGACUUUGCCCAGCGCGGCAAGCGAGGUGGCGGUCGCGGCGGCGGUCGCGGCGGCGGUCGCGGUGGCGGAGGACCCCGUCACCAACCACGCGACAACGACGACGACAGCUACCGCGGUGCACCGCCGGCCUUCAAAGCCGCAUGCUGGGAUCUGGGACACUGCGACCCGCGACGGUGCUCUGGAAAGAAGCUGAUGAAGCUUGGGCUGAUGCGCGACCUGCACCUGGGCCAGCGGCACAACGGCGUCAUCAUCACGCCCAACGGGAAGCACGUGGUGUCCCCCGCGGACCGCGAGCUGAUGGACAGCUACGGCGCCGCCGUGGUCGAGUGCUCGUGGGCGCGCACGGCCGAAGUCCAGUGGAACAAGGUGGGCGGCAAGUGCGAGAGGCUGCUCCCGUACCUGGUGGCGGCCAACACCGUCAACUACGGGAAGCCGUGGCGGCUGAACUGCGUCGAGGCCCUGGCCGCGUCCUUCUUCAUCUGCGGCCACGCCGACUGGGCCGAGCAGAUCCUCGCGCCCUUCUCCUACGGCAGCGCCUUCCUGGAGAUCAACUCUAGUCUGCUCAGGAAGUAUGCCGCCUGCACCGACGAGGCCGACGUCAAGCGCACUGAGCAGGAGUGGAUGGAUCGUCUGGAACGCGAGUACGCCGAGAGCAGGGACGUCAAUGACCUGGAUAGCAUGUGGACUACCGGCAACACCAACCACCGACCGCCAGAGUCCUCCUCGGACGACGACGACGAGGGCGACGACGACGACGACGACGACGACGACAAUAGUGAAAAGGCUAGUGUCGAUGGUAUAUACCUGGGUAGAAGCCCCAAGCCGGGCGAGAAGGUCACAGAGGAGGAAGAGGAGGAAAAGGACGGGUACGCCCUGUCGGAUGACAGUGAUGAGGACGACGGUGCCAUGGAGGAGAUCCGUCGCAAGGUCCUCGCCUCCAAGACCUUUGCCAACCCCACCGACGACAGGGACAGGAAGAAGCCGGAGACGAUAUCCAAACCCCAGCAACGCUUCCACACCGACUUCGAUGCCCGUCCGGACUCGGACAACGACGACGACGAUGACGACGACGACGACGACGAUGACGACGACGACGACGACGGUGAUGACGAGUUCGACAAAAUCAUCGAUGCUACCCCCGUCACCGACAAGAUUGGCUUGUCCAAGUUGGAAAAGGAGCGUCAGAGGGCCGUCAUCACCACAAGGACAUUUACGUCCGGCUCCGUGUCUGCGCCGGGGAGGUGGUGA